UGUGUAAAUAUAUCCGACAACCAAACGUUCUUCUUAUACUAAAAUGAGUCACCUGACAACUUGUUUGGUGUUCUUCCUCCUUGCCUUUGUGACUUACACUUAUGCUUCAGGCGUAUUUGAGGUCCACAACAACUGCCCGUACACCGUUUGGGCGGCGGCGACACCCGUAGGAGGUGGCCGACGUCUCGAACGAGGUCAGAGUUGGUGGUUUUGGGCCCCACCGGGUACUAAAAUGGCACGUAUAUGGGGUCGUACUAAUUGCAAUUUCGAUGGUGCUGGAAGAGGUUGGUGCCAGACCGGUGAUUGUGGUGGAGUUCUAGAAUGCAAAGGAUGGGGUAAACCACCAAACACCUUGGCGGAAUAUGCUUUGAAUCAAUUCAGCAACCUAGAUUUUUGGGACAUUUCAGUAAUUGAUGGAUUUAACAUCCCUAUGUCUUUCGGCCCAACGAAUUCUGGUCCUGGAAAAUGUCAUCCAAUUCAAUGUGUUGCCAAUAUAAUUGGUGAAUGCCCUGGUUCACUUAGGGUACCUGGAGGAUGUAACAAUCCUUGUACCACAUUCGGAGGACAACAAUAUUGUUGUACCCAAGGUCCAUGUGGUCCUACUGAUUUGUCGAGAUUUUUCAAACAAAGAUGUCCCGAUGCCUAUAGUUACCCUCAAGAUGAUCCAACAAGUACAUUUACUUGUCAAAGUUGGACAACAGACUACAAGAUUAUGUUCUGUCCUUACGGCGCUACACACAAUGAAACAACAAAUUUUCCAUUGGAAAUGCCUAUAAGUACUCUUGAAGUGGCUUAAUUAAGUAGAUUCUUUGAGUGGAUCCAAUCUCUUUCUUAUUAAAUUAUCUUGAGAUUUGGUCAUUAGUUGUCUUUGUAUUAUCCACAUUUCUUUUAAUUUGUUUUCUCGAGGUGGUUAAGAUUUGAAUAACGAUUGAUCAAUCGAUCACAUGCAUGUUGUACUUUGUCUUACACAUAAUGUUUUAAAUUUUCACUCAUCAAGAAUGCAUUUGGAGUA